UCAUAAUUAUCUUGAAAUGUUUCUGAAUUCCUUUAGCUCUUUCCCAGUUUUUCAAAAUGUAAUAGUUUAGUGUCAGCUACUACUAACAUUGCUAUUCGGAAGAUAUGAUCGAUCAAUAGAUCAUUGGUUUCAUUACUAACUCAGAAGCUUGAAGACUUGAUAACCAAGACUGAGCCAUUAGGUCUUGGGAGAAUCCAGUAAUUAAUCAUCCUGCGUUUGGUAUUUUCUCUACUUUAGUACCCAUAUAAACUUCAAGGAAUUGUGACAGCUGUAUGGUGAGGAACCAGUCUUUAUUGGGAUGCUAAAUAAUCUGGGCAGACAAAACUUUAGCUUUGUCCUCAAUGCACUUUAUUUUUUUGUAACCAGAUUUGACCACCAUUAAAAUUCUCAGCCAGUGAUCAGUUGUUUUAUUAGUCUAUUUUUGCACAUCAGGUUUUGCACAAAUAUCUCCAAGUUUGUUAACCACGCAUGUAUUGGCUUACUAACUGUAGUAAAGCCACUCUAUAGCUGCAUUUAAAAGAUUGCUACUUGUUUUGGAACAGUCAAUUGUAAAAUGGAGUAACUUGCAUAAAUUAUUUUGGGUUGUCAUUAUUUACUGCCAUUUUGGCAGUUUGUUGGUAGUAAACUUUUGGUCAGAUUUUAAUUCAAAAGUGGCAUAAUUUAUUCUGAGUUUGAGUACUGGAAAUUGAAUAUUGACCUACUACCGGGGUAUCUCACCCAGAAUGGAUCAUUAAAUGAGGGCUAUAACGCUUCUUAAGACUUUCGGAACUAUUUAUGAUUGUUCAUGUCUACAUUUCCAGCCUAAAAUUGUGAAUAAUUCAUUAACCCCACACUAGAGUAAAUUAGUUUAGCUCUUUUGAAGUUACUCACACUUCUAAAUAUUUUGAGUUUAUGCCCUUCCAUUUCAGACUGAAUUUUGCAGCUUUGGGUAUGUGGGAUGAUCAUUCGUGAUAAAUUAGAGAAGCUAUGUGAAAUAGCACCCUCAAGCGAGUUUAAGCGAAGAUUUAUUUCACUGAAAAUUAAUAACUUCUUUUUAAAAAUUUACUAAUACUUAUUUAGAGAUGAAACUGAGUUAAUUCUUGGGCUAAUUCCGAAGAAUUUUAUAUCCACCUGGAUUCAGCACUGCAUAUCUAGCCAAGCUGGUAGCCUAAUCAGGAUGCUCUACACCUAGAGUCUUGGAGAAUAGAGAUGUUAGUACAAUAACUUACUUUUUGUUAUGUUGCUCACUUCUUUUGUGUUGAUAAAAAGUAAAUUAUGGAAACUCUAAUGGUUUACACUUGUUGAGAAGCAAGAUGUUGAGUAACUUUUUCAUUGAUUUCCUGCUUACACAAGUUACUCUGAUCAAUCAAUAAAUAUCUUAUGUGCAAGAUCAGUCAAUAUGCAGGCUAUCUCUCCUUCCAAGAGCUCACAUGCCCAGUCAGAGGUACUAACUCAGGUCUUAUCUGAAGAAGAUCUAAGAAACUCAAUGAGAAGAAAUUGCCACUAUACUUGUAUUUUAGUAAAACUGUUCGGAUUGAAAAUUAAUUUGAAGGGUUAGUCAGCUUUCCAGGUAUAAAUAUAGAGGAAGGUUCAGCCUGGUUGUUUCAGUAGUUACAAUUUACACCAAUAAGCAUUCCUUUCUCUCGAAUGUUCUCUCCUUUUGACACUCUUUU